ACGGCGAGCGUGCGAGUCACUAAGCCAUACGUGACUAUUAUGCUCAAUAUAAGUGAAAAAGAGACAACAGCUUUGAAAAAACACGUUAACUGUGUUGCAGAGUUGUCAGAGUGUGACGUUGUCUUGCAGUGAUCCGUGGCUCUUCACAACCUUCUAUCGAUCAGGUGGCCGAGUUAUAGGGGCGGCGACGGUGGCUCGCAGGCUGCUAGUAAAUCUAUCCACUUUUUAUAGUUAUUUAUCUUCAAUUUUAUUGCCCCAAUAACCUACGAUUGAAGUGAAGUGUUAGUUUAAUAUCACUUCGCAGUGUUAUAAGUGUUACAAGAAUCAUCAGAGAUCAGUUAACGUGUUUGUAGCUGUAGCGAGAGACUGGUUUCGGGCGCAGGAAUGGUCCCGAACUCCCCCUCGAUAUGUGGGCUGAAGAAGCAACUUAUUAUAUCAAAGGUUCUUCCAUUAGGAAACUGAUUCAGUUGGAAUAAUUUAAUUUCUUGUAUUCCCCUUCAACUUUUUAUGCAAGAGAAAAAGUGUAUGCCAGUUGUGUUUUAUUAAGUUUUUCAGUGUAUUUUUGGUGUUGUGCGUAAAGUGGUUCCCGAAGCUCUCGUCCAAAAGCUCUUGUGUUGCGGUGCUCGAGCCUCGAGGCUGGGGGGAAGGUGGGCAUGGCGCCUCCUGCUGGGGCGUCGUUCCCCACGCCUCUAACAGGCCCCUAGCAGGAGCUGUGUAGGACUAUAAUGGCAGGGGAGGGAGGUGAGGAUCUCAUGCCGGACCUCUCGCAUCUUGACGACCAUGAGCGACGUAUCAUCGAACAGGUUAUGCAGAGGCAUCGCCUCGAGGAGGCCAAGGAGUCCGAGCUCGUUAGGAGGAAGCGUGAAGAAGUACGCGUGUUGGAGGAUACCAUCAGACUUCGGUCGGAGUCGCAGAGAAGGCGCGGGGCGGAGCUGGAGGCAACAUGCCAGAUCUGCGUCAAGACCAAGUUCGCUGACGGUAUCGGACACCUCUGCCACUACUGCAACGUACGCUGCUGCGCUCGUUGUGGUGGCAAAGUCACGCUCAGGUCUAACAAGGUGAUAUGGGUGUGCAUUUUAUGUCGGAAAAAGCAGGAGCUCUUGACGAAGACGGGGUCGUGGAUGAGUGGGGGCCCAGGAGAUGACCCAGAGUUCGACUACGGAGCAGGCGGCCUCUUCCCCAGUGAUUCGUAUUUGGGGUCACGAAGAGAAAAGCAUUACCACAAAGACUACAGAAAACCCAAGGAUGAAAUUCGAGACCCUAUUAGUGAAGCCGAGUUAUCGAGAAACAGCGACGCUUUCUCUAGACCUAUCUUCUCUAGAUAUAGACACAGGCAAAACCUGUACGGCACCAGGCUAGGUAAGGCGUAUCCUGUUCAAGUACGAGAGGAAUGCUGUGAUAGUAGGGCUACUGAUAACCGAAGCUACACGGAGCGGAGAAAGAAGACCGUGAGGUUCAAUUCCGAAGGAUGGGACACCAUCGAAGAUGAUUUGGACCCGUCGGCUGUAGAGGACACUCGUUGGUCGAGCGCCUACAACGUCUAUUACGACGAGGAACGCUGUCCUCCCGGGCGACCAGGUCCAACUUCCUUGCAUCCUAAUUACGCGCCUAUGAGGGACCAUGGCAGCCAACUCUUGCCUUUACCUAGACGAGUGGGUGGCUGGGGUGGACCAAAUUCUGGACCCAACAGAGAGCUUCCAAUACCUGCCGUGAGAAGGCAGUCUUGGGACGUUGAGAGACAAGAAUCCCAAGACUCGCAGACCAAAGAUAGCGGCAUAGACAGCGGGACCAGCAGCAACUUCAACUCUAGUGAAGAUUCUUCUAAAGGGGACUUGCCUCGAACUUGCAGACAUCCAGUGAGCUGGCAGCCCAGUCAGGACGGAUCCAAGAUGAUCGGUCACAUGAUAUUAAACAAAGCCAUGAGACCUGAACACGGUGGCCAGUCGUCCAGCGCCGCCAUCCUCGGUCUUAAAGUCGGUGGCGGCAAAAUUCUCGACAGCGGCAAAAUUGGCGCCGUUGUCGAGAAGGUGAAGAAAGGCAGCAUCGCCGACACCGUCGGACAUCUGAGGCCAGGAGACGAAGUGCUCGAGUGGAAUGGUCGGGUACUGUCGGGCCUGACGUUCGAAGAAGUGUACGACGUAAUCAGCGAGUCCUGCCAUGAAGCUCAAGUCGAGCUCAUCGUCGCGCGACAACUCACCGACAUCGACCGCCAUCCUGCUCGGCGACAUACGCAUGCGGGUCUCAUCUCCAGAGGUGGUUCACACGACGGAGGCUUUGACCCUCGUAAGUUGUCGGAGCCAGGGCGCGACCGACGGCCCAGCGUAACCAUCACGUCACCGGGAUCACCGGACAACUACCGCACCAGACUGCACUCGCCCUCUAUAGGCGGCAAGCUUCAGCUGAAGUUAUUUCUGGACUCGCAAGUUCAGCAGCUGAUCGUGACGGUUAUCAGCGCCUCGGAACUGCCGCUGCGAGCAACGGGCGUGCCACGGAACCCCUACGCUAAGCUCUUCCUGCUGCCCGAUAGAAGUGAGAAGUCGAAGCGGCGCACGAAGACGAUAGCAGGCACCUGCCAGCCGCGCUGGAACCAAACCUUCGUGUACGCGCCCGUGCGAGUAGCGGAGCUGCGGCAGCGCUCGCUGCAGGUCACCGUCUGGGACUACGACCGCUUCGGCACCAACGACUUCCUCGGGGAGGUGUUGGUGGACCUCAACGCCGCGGCGCUGGACGACGAGCCUGAAUGGUACAGCCUCGCGCCGCCAGACGACAUGCUCACCUCGCACUCGAGACGCACGAUGUGCCUGGACACAGAGUCGGCGUCGACGCUGCCCUCCAUCGACCACUUGUCCCCACCGUCCACGGCGUCCCGACUCAGCGAGUCUGACAUGAGCGACGCGGACCUCGAGGACUCCCUGCACCAGCGCAAGAUGGAGCAGGCCUCCCUCAGCAGCGUCGGCUCCUCCAGCAGUCCGCCCCCAGACGACCACAGAGGUUUUGGUUCAUACGAACACAGAUCGAGGAGAGAGGACCCACGGUUUCGUUCCCCAGGACACAUGAUGGGUUUUGGGGGAAGUUUGGGUGCAAGCGUAGGGCCUCCAUACAAGGAUUACAUCCCCGCACCAAUCCCAAUGUCAGCGAGAGGCAGAAGCCAGUCAGCAGCUCCUACUGACUCACCAUCGCUGCACGUGUCGAGGUCAAGAUCUAAAUCACCGAGACGUAUACCUGACGUGGCGUCUCGGUCUUUGUCGCCACCCGAAGCGAGGCCAGAAUAUGGGGGAAUGGGGGGCGGUCGGCCCCUAAUGACGUCACGGAGCGAGACCGCGACCCCUACCAGCUCCCCCAAGAAGCGUCAGCUGCCUCAGAUCCCAGCUGCCUUGCAACACGCCAACCGCGACAAAAUAACGCAGAGGAACAGAGAUUCGCAGGACCUCGAGGAGCGCGCACGACACAUGAAGCUGCGUCUGCGCCAGAUGCAGCCGCAGGGACACUCGCGCUCUGCGCUCAACAGCGGCUACAGCGACUCUGAAAUCGGAGCUCGCCGCUACGACAGGUAUACGAGAGGUGCCUCGAGAGGAGCUUUAGCUUCCCCAGAGCGUGACCCGUUGGAGCGAGACCUUGGCGAUUCUGCUAGUGAUAUAGAGAGCGUCGUGAGCGGCGCCAGCACCUUCUCUACUCAGAGCGAACGACCCAGAGGAUCCGUUAAACACAGCAGUAGACAGCACUUCUCCUCUAGUCUCACUUGUGCUCCUAGUAUCUUUCCCACCGACUCUAGUUACUCGCAUCCCGACUGGUAUGCUGCUGAUGUUUCUGGUGUUGUGCGCGACCAACUUCCCUUGCCUGAAGUACGACUCUGGCCAAGAGAAACAACAGAUCAAAAUCCUUUUCAUUCUUCCUCUUCUAAUGAUAGAGAUAAAAAAUCUCGUUUUGUUCCAACAUUUAAUGCUGCUGACUUUUCAACAUCCGAAUCUUCUCCGCCGUUCAGUAUAGAAGAUAAUCAGUAUCUUAGAAGGAGGUUUCAGAGUAGAAGCAACCCUGCUAUUGGGUCUUUCCAGUCGAGAAAUUUGCCGCCUUUGCAACGCAGUAACACCGUAAGAUCAUUUUUUCCACCUUCGCCCGUGAAAGUCAAGUUACUCAAGAGUCGUAGUAUUGGCGAUGAAUUUAACGUUCUCAGUAGUAAUGGAUCAGAUGAAAUUUUCAUCGACUGUAGAUUUAAUGAUGCAAUGAGAUCAAAAUCUUCCGGAGAUUUGCAUCGCUACUAUUCUAAAAAGGUUCCUUCACACGGUUAUAAUAGUAGAGGAUGUAGCGCGUCUGCUCAUAGUCCACCCCAAGUGCCUUUUAGAAAUAGUGAUAGUGGCGUAGAACGUAGGUGGCGUGAUGAAGCACGACAGUACGUCGACCGGCGACCACGUAGAAGGGAUGCGCCGCCUCGACAUGCUCUUCCAGCUCGACAACGACCAUGCAGGGAUGCCGGGCACGACGCGGGGACUUACUACGGAUACGACUCCGAGUACAGCGGUGCAGAGACGGAAGUUUUCUUAUCCGAUCGAUCCUUUGAUCGAUCAUUUAGUCAAGAGAAUGACUCAGAUCCGUAUAAUUCUGGAUCUCAGUGCGACUGCAUGUAUGCAAUGGAUGAGUGUCCUCAAAUCGUCAACCAAACUCCUUCAUCCUUACCCAUAAUUGAACGUAUAAGUCCUGAUUGGCCUCCUAGAAAACCUCUCCUCCAACCCAGGAAACUGGUGCGUGCCAAGACCGAAGGGUCACUAAUAGACUACGCAAGAAAAGACCAACGGCUAAGACAAGAAACUCCAGGAAAAGUAGAUUAUUCUAAUACUUUACCUCGCACGGAGUCCUCUUCUAAAAAGAAGAAGCAAGUCAACUUCCCGUUUCCAUCACCAACUCCCAAAGUAAAAGGAAAUCAGCAUAUCGGCCAGAAUUCUGAGCUAGAUUCCACGAAAAUGAGAUCAGAUUACAACAGACGAAACCACCCCCAUUCCCAACAAUAUCUAAUCAAUGCAACAUCUAAAGGCGCUCACGCUGAUCAGUCCUCUUUUUGUUCUGACUGUACCACUCCCUUUCCUGACGAAAUCAUUCAUUCACGCUUCGACUCGUGUUACGAUAAAAGUGGAAUUGACAAUGAUCGAUACGGACCUAGUUUCCAUAGUUAUGAUUCUUCUGAUGCUACCUGCAGCAGUUGUGAAGAGAGACGGUCCAAAGAGCGUUACUUGUUAAAGCACGAUAAUUGUCCCAUUCAUUGUGGCGAGCUUUCGUCAUAUCGUGAACGUGACACAGACUCUAUUGCUUCACCCAUGCACAGCUUGAACCUCUCUUAUAAUACCUCUGCAUGUCCUUCAGUCAAACGCCAAACUAUUUACACCGCAGAUUGCUUCAGUCAUUCUACCGACCGAGCCUAUCGAGAGCCUAUUCCACCCAAGCCAGAUAGCUCACAUGAGUGCUUUAGCGUACCUUUUCAGCUACACGUAAAUACCCGGGUUCGGCCUAGCUCGUCAGUCAGUAUCAAUGAACAGCCUCAGUAUUUUGAAUUUGAUGCUAACAGUCCGCCAACUAAAGAGUAUCGCGUCAUUGCUGAUGUAGCCCCUUCUUCUGACCCUGCUAGUGAAUUAAGCGAUCGGAUGAGCGGUUAUGGAGCCCCAGGAGGGGCUUUUGGGGGAUCAGGAAAGCGGGGUACCUUCGCAAGAAGUCUUUCCACCAGCGAAGUUCCUGAAACUGAGAAAGCAGCUAAGAAGGGAGUUCGCUCAGAGGCUAAGCCAACGAGUCCCUUGGCCGGUGCGGCGCUCGGCAUUCCCACUGCAUUACCUCUCAGUCCUUCCUCGUCCACUACCAAAGUUGUUAGUUCCUCCUCGGCCGCUGUUUCGAGUCCAUCAAAUAACGGGAUGAAAAAACUGGAAUUUCAUGUUAAUUUGGGUGACACGCCAAGUACAGAAGGGGCAAAACCUGACCCGGAUGGACAGCUUGCAUCUACUCCAUCCAAUUCAUCUUCACCGCGGCUUCCGCUGUUCGACAGCGCAGAUACCCAAAUAUUAGAGCUGCCCGAAAGUUCUAAAAGCCGAGGGCAAGAAAGAGGCAAAUCACAUACCAGUGGCUCAACAACACUGAGAACUGGUGUAGCGGGAGUCCCAGCUACAGAAGCUUGUUCCUCUCUGCCUGAACAAGAAGAAGAAUCUGAAAAGGGAACUUCGUCGACAUCGUCAGAGCGGGAACUUGGAGCUACAAAGCAAUCUGAGUUACAUGACAAUGUCGACGGAAGCCUAAGUGACAGCGCCGCAGGUUCCUUCACUCUGGACCCCAAAGAGCGAACUCGUCUCGCCACAGGCGACAGUUUUGCCGCAAGCACUCCGGGUGGAGGCUCUUCGCCUGGCAAGUCCGACUCCAGCAUUGCAGGUCUGGCUAAGAAAUCGUCAUCCACAUCGAAGCUUUCUGAUACCGGUCGCAAACGCAAGUUAGGUUUCCGGAAAAAGUCCCGGAGCACAAUAACCGUACAUCGCAGUGAAGAAAUCCUACCUACCGCAUCACGUCACCUACUGCGACAAAGCUCUAGUCAGAGCAGCGAGGAGGUUGAUGCAGAGUUGUGGGAAAGCCGAGGCACACGCAGACGCGCCCCCACGGGUGAAUUGACCGAGUUCAUAGAGGGGCUCGGGCCGGGCCAGCUCGUGGGCCGUCAGGUGCUAGCGGCCCCAACGCUUGGGGACAUUCAGCUCUCGAUGUGCGAGCGCAAGAACAAACUCGAAGUUGAGGUGAUACGCGCCCGAGGACUACAGUGCAAGUCUGGCUGCAAGACUUUGCCAGCCCCGUACGUGAAAGUGUACCUGGUUGAUGGCAAGAAGUGUGUAGCCAAAGCCAAGACGGCGACGGCUCGCCGGACGCUGGACCCGCUCUACCAGCAGCAGCUCAUCUUCCACGAGCGCUACCACGGCUGCGUCCUCCAGGUGACGGUGUGGGGCGACUAUGGCCGCAUGGAGGGCAGAAAGAUCUUCAUGGGCGUUGCCCAAAUCCUGCUCGAUGAUUUAGAUCUUUCCAACAUUGUUAUCGGAUGGUACAAGCUCUUCGGCACCUCUUCGCUUGUGUCUCUACCGACCUUCACUAGACGAGGUUCGGUGGUCAGUCUGGAGUCGUUCGAAGAGAGACCCUGAAUGACCAAGCUUAUUGACCAACGUGCCGAAUUUCACAAGAUGAAGCUCAAUGGUGAGCGUUGACGCAGGCUUAUUGGAAUAAAUUUUAAAAUCGCCAUUGUCUGCAGACCAACCGAGUUAGAAGACAUCGUAUUUGUUAUGGUUAUUGGAUUUCGGUUAUAAAUGAUAGUUAGAAGAGGUUAAAGCAAAUUAACCUAUACAAAAAGUUUCCUUGACUGAAAAUACGAAUGAUUGUGGGAUGCAGUUGUAAAUGAAUUACAAAAUUAUUCUUCGGUUGUCAGAAUUUUCUUUCUUGAAUUCAGGUUGGCAUUUCCGAAAAAGAGUUGAAAUGUUAUAUUGGCAAGUACACUUUUUUUCUUAUGUAUGCUUUACUGGCGCAUGCAAAAGUGUUUCAGUCAUGUGUUUAAUAGAUCUUUGAAUCCGCAGCAAAGCUAGGAUGUUACGACGUUGAAUUCUUAGAGAGGAAAUGGGAAACUUUGUUGGAAAUUGCACGUUAAUAAGAAUCUUCGGACUCUUGAUUAAUAAAGAUGAUGUUUAUUUUUCUUUGAGAUAUGAUAGGAAAGCCUGGUCCAAAUCAAGCUUAAGAUUUCUAUUCGAGGUGCCAAAAAACGAAGGUAAGAGUUAUUUUACUUCCUAUUGCGCUACCAACUCUGUAUAUCAACUUCAAUUCAAAUUCAAAUACGACAUGCACUUGGCAGAUUAAGACUAUUGUACUAGAAUGAAGUCUUAGUUUCAUCUCGAACUUACGAAAGUUUAACCUUUGAACAUUGAACGGUUUCUCUUGGAUUUCCAGCGGCUUUCUCUAUGGUCGUCUUGACCCACGUUUGCGUGAAAAUUUCGAUAACUCCUAUAUACCAACUCACUUUUUCAAAAAUUUCACAUCAAUUAACUGUUGGAUUUUAAUAUCUCAUUUAUUUCUUCGUUGAUGAGGUUCAUUUCUCUCGCUAUUUCCUGUUCAUCAUUUUUGAUCAUUUCAAACAUGCAAAACCCUCAAGAUUUCAUUGAAGUUUAGAAAAUUUGUUGAUGUGGAAUUGAACGCAGCGAUGAAAAAAGCCGUUAGAGUUCAGGAACCAUCUCUUGAUUCGUAUUUUAAAUUUCAAAUUAAGUGUCGUGAAGACACUUAAUUUGAAAUUGA